AUGUUCCUCUACUUAUUAUCCCUUACCUUAUCUCUCGCCCAAGACUGCCACCCUCAAUGCUCCUGAAAAUGUGAUGAUCCUCACUGUGCUGCCAUCUGUUCCCCUAUCUGUAGAUAAAUAAAUGGCACUCAGUUCGAGAGAAAUUAGAUCUGUGACUUUAUAUCCUUCAUGGAAUCUUAUUUAUGGAGUUGGUUUCUCUUGAGAACUUCGGCGUGGCAAAAGCGGUUUAACUUUGGGGAUAGCCAGAGGAAUUACUCUAUAAUGCAACCAAAAGACUCAGGGUUUUACCACUCAGCACAUCUGAGAAGGCAAACCUUAGGCGGAGCAUGUGCAGGAGCUGAGUCAGGCAAGGCAUCAUGCAGGGUAAGAAGCACUGGUCAGGAUUGCAGUUAGAUUUUUGGAAUGGUCCGAUCUUUUGGAUUGGAAAUGCUCGUGACACACCUUUUUUGGCUCUUCUCCUUGAGUGGAAAUUUGGCAUUAGAAACCUUAAAUACCCUAUAUCCUAUCUGUGAAGCACCUUCCUGCCACGUUUCAUGCACCCCUCCAGAAGAGCCUCAAUGUGAUGUAUCCUGUGCAGCUCCAGUCUGUGACAUAAAAUGUCCAGAAGAGCCUUGCACAUCCCAAAACUGCCCCCCAUGUCAUACAGACUGUAAAAACCCUGAAUGUGUAACUCGCUGCAAAUCUCCUGAGCCUGAUUGCCAAGUGGUAUGUGAAGACUUAAAAUGCACCUGGGACUGUCAUAAGCCAGAAUGCCCUAAGCCUAAAUGUGAUCUUGUAUGUGAAAAUCCUCAUUGCUCACCGGUUUUGGAAUGCUGCAAAUGUAAGCCUGGGCAAGUUCCUUAUACAAAGGAAACUUAUUCAUUAUUUAAUAAGGACGAGCCUGAUGCAAGCUGUUGCACUUGCGGAGACCAUCAGGGAAUUGUCGAUAUGAAAAUGGGAGGGGAUGGGAUGGAAUUUCUGAUAGAAAAACCAGAAGAGCCUGAAGAGGAAGAAAUUGAGCUAGAAGCUGAAGAAAGUGAAGAGCCUGAACAAGUUGUGAGUAUUUCAAAUGAGUUUAAGUAA